AUGUCUUGGAGUGUCAAGAUUGCAGACCACACCCUUACGGCCACGACCGCGAUUUCAUCGAACCAAGCCAUUCCAGAUAUACAACUUGUGCAGCGUACACUGAACCAUGUUACAAUAGCACGAGCCUUGCACACCACAAGCAGCCAGACAUCCGAAGAAGUCUUCAAACCCGGAUAG